UGGAUAUUUUUUUUUUUUAUUAACGGAAAAAUGAAAUGUCGUUAUUUAUUUUUUAUAUUUUUUAUGGUGUUUAUUGCAAAAGUUUCAGAUGUUUCAGCAGUUUUCGGAAGAAAUUUUCAACAAUUUAUACGUAGCGGUGUAUGGGAUGUUAAUAUUUUACGUUGUGUAAUAAAAGGAGCUGGUGCUUGCCCACAUCCUGAUGUUAAUUUUAGAAUUUAUUCACCCAAAGGCUACAAAAAAGGAUUACCAUUAGAUGUUAGAAAUCCAUUUUCAUUAUAUGCAAGCGGCUUUAGUAAAUAUCGUGAAACUGCAAUAUUAAUUCAUGGUUUCAAUGGAACUGAACAAGAUGAACAUUUUAGAUAUUUACGAGAUGCUUAUUUAUCAAGAGAUUUCAAUGUUGUUACUGUAGACUGGAGACCAUUAACACAAUAUCCAUGCUAUUUGACUGCAUUAGCAAAUACAAGAUUAACAGCACAAUGUGCAGCACAGGUAUAUGCAUUUUUAACUCAUAACGGAGCUAUAAAAAAGAAAAUAACAUGUGUUGGCCAUUCACUGGGUGCUCACAUUUGUGGUAUGAUGACCAAUCAUUUAACAUCAAAACAGUAUCGUAUAAUUGGUUUAGAUCCAGCUAGACCUCUUAUUGAAAGUAAGAAAUCAUUUGCAUUCCGAUUAACAAGAGAUGAUGCAGUUGUUACACAAGUCAUUCAUACAAAUGCAGGAUACCUUGGUCAAGAGGAAAGUGUUGGACAAUUGAAUUUCUGUGUUAAUGGUGGAAGGUAUCAACCAUAUUGUAAAGGACAUCCCAUAAGAAGAUCACGUUGCAGUCAUUUCUUAAGUAUUUGUUAUUUAGCAAAUUCUUUAUUUAAACACAAAUCAUUUGUUGGAGUACCAUGUCCAGAUGGAUGUAAAGCAAUUACAGGUCCACAUAAGUUGCCUUUAUCAAACUACAUAAAUCCAUUUGAUGUACCUUAUACGUUAAAAAAUUUCAAAAUUGGCACUGAUGCACCUGAUGACGCAACUGGAAUUUAUUGUAUUGAUACAGGAUUUGUUAAACAUUGCCCAUUCAACGACAGAUAACAGUAAACAAUUAGAAUAAAACAAAAUAUUUUAUUUUUUAAUUGUAUUGUAAAAUAGUCUGAAUUUAGGUAUUAUUAAUUAUAGAUUAUAAAGUAAAAAUUUUAAAUUUAAGUUAAAUUAAAAGAAAAUAUUAAUAAUUACAGAGUAUUUUUUUCUUGUUUUACUUUAAAUUAAUUUUCAAUGGUUUUUAAGCAAUUUUACGAAAUUUUUUUUUGAUUCUUUCUCUAUACAAGUAUCUAUUCCUUUAAAUUUUCACUGCAAGACCAGAAUUACAACCAUCAUGAUAUGCCUUAAAUUAACUCAAAAUUUUUUUUCUAUUUCAAUUUUAAAUAAGUUAAUUUUUUUACAAAAUAAAUUGCUUGUUCGAUUCUAAUUUAAUUGAUUUAUACAAUAUCUUUCCAUUAGUAGUUUUUUAAGAGAUCUGCAUGCAUUUUAAAUGCUAUAGAGAAAAUAUUGUGUAAUAUUAUAAUACUUAAAUUUAAUACUGAUAUAUUAAUUGCUUUACAUAUUAUAAAAUAAAUAUAAAUGUAUUAUUCUUAAAUCCAUUACCAAUGCUAUAAGCUUUAAAAAUACUUUCAGUUUAUUACAAAAUUCAUGUUUGUAAUGGAGCCUUCUGCUUUCAAAGUGUACGUAGUGCAUUUUUAACCCUUUUUUUUAAUAAUAAUAUAUUAAAAGUCGUUCUGUGAUUUUUUAUAAACUAUAAUUGUUUAAUCUUUUCUUCUAAGUUUUUCAACAAUACUCAA